UUUUCGAUAUCACAAAUCCGUGUUCCGAGACGAGAGGACAGGACAGGGUCUUGGAGUUGUCUUGCAUCUUGCAUCCUGCAGCCUGCUGUGGUCCCCGAAUGAGUGGUCCUUCCGCAUUAUAAACAAAACUCCUUGUGAUCCCCCCCGGCCACCCAAUUGAAGCUGUCUCUCCUCUCCCUCUCUCCAUCCUCCUCUUCACCUAUCGUCGGGAUACCCCAGGAGUGCAACCAUGUACGAACAAUUUGAUCGUAGGACGGCUUUCAUGAACGAUGGAAACUGGGCACCUCAAAACGCAAAUCCAUCCGGCCCAGGAGCACUCUUCACCAGGAUUAAAGUCGACAGGUCAUCACGUUCGAGCAUAAUUUCUAUCAAGAAUGGCAGUGCCAUGUCUUCCUGUUCCAGCCUAAGGAGCGAGCCCAGGAGCAUUCUGGUCAGGUCGGAGAAGGGAAGGACAUCCAGGAUCCUGCCGAAGAAGCUGAAGAGGUUGUCUGCGCCGCCUCCCGGACCCACGAAGAGAGUGAGCUUUAUUGAUGCGGUUGAAGAGUCGGACGAGGAAUCAGAGGGCGAGACGACCGAGAAGGACAAGAAGAGGACCUCCCGGUUUUCCAUCUCUGGCAUGCCGACAGCCGUUCGAAGCAUGUCGAGCCCGUACCCAAAGACGAAAUUUCACCCAGCAACCUUCGUCGAAGAAGAGGACGAGGAUGAAGACGAAGACGAAGAAUCAAGCGACAAAUUCCAUGCCCUUCCAAUCGUUCGAGUUCCAACCCGAGCUUCGUCGUCCAACUCAGCAGCGGCCCGCCUACCAACAGGAGCACCGUCGUCACUGACCGUCAGCUCAACACCAGGAACCUGCACACCGGCCUCCAAUCAAUCCAGUGCCAGCUCUUCAUCAUCAUCUCUCUACUCCACCCCAGCCUCAUCCAUUCGCUCCUCCUCCCCAUCCCUAGAUCUGGAAUCCUACUCCAUCAACCCCAAAUCUCCCGCCCCUAGCACUCCCCACAACCCACUCCUCCAAUACCUCCCUUGCACGCACCCAAUGUGCACCUCCCACUACCUCCCCUCCUCCCUGGGACCCACCUUCCACACGCAACAGGCCCCCUACAACCUCCGACGAAAACGCGGUCUCUGCGCGGAGCACGCAACCUCCGACCUCGCCCUCGCAAACAUCGAAUGCAAGGACGAGUGGGAGACGAUGCGGCAGAACGCCGGACGCCGCACCCUCGGCGAGGUGGCCGCCGACUUCAAGCAGUUCACGCGGGACUUCGACCAGGACCGGGAGCGCGAGAGCCGGGACUCGGAGCGCCUCCAGCGGCUCUGCGUCGUCGGCCGCCCGCCCAAGCAGGGCACCUCCGCGCCUCCCACCAACAGCAAGCGGUUCAGCAAGAUCAGGGACGUCAAUGACGAUGCCCAGUCUGAGUGGUGGAGGUACGCGGCCCGGCCGUGUGCGAAGAAGGACUGCGAGGCUGAGUGGUACGCACCUUUCUCGAAGGCGCUGUACGACUUCUACUUUCCCGCGAAGAGGAACAGCAAUGCUGGUGGAUUGACACCGCUGACAACGCUGUGCCCGUCGUGUGCGGCGGAGAACGUCGAGGUUGCUGAGCGAGAGAUUCAGGCGAAGAGGGAGGAGCUAGACGACGAGGAGUGCAUCCUGUGGAUGGAGAAGCUGAGGAAGGACAGGGGCGUUGAGGUCAAGUUCUGGGAGAGGGCGCAGGAGAAGUUCGUCAGGGAGCAGGGAGUCAGGUGGAGAGAUGAGAUCGUCGGAAAGGAUCUGUUGGUCGCGCAUCAGCAGGUUCUGGUCGCAGCGGCUGUCGUCGUCACAGAGAAUCAGACGUCUGCUACCGUUGCCACAGACAAGACCAACAAGAAGCUCAAGAAGAAGCUCAAGAAGGGGAAGAAGGGGUUCUGCGUCGUCAUGUAACCGCCUCCCUUCACCAUCUUCUCCCUUUUCCUAUGUUACCGUUCGCGCGUUGUUGGUACACGAUUUUCUCUUUCCGGAUCCGCAAAUGUUGUUCUUUUUAGCGAUAUCAAGGCAGGCAAGCAUCUAGCAUCUCUGGGCUCUUUUUCUCGAGCAAUUGUUUUUUAUCUUUGGGAGGA